AUGAACGAACCAUUUAUCGCGACUAAAAACCCGGGCCCUCCGAAGGCUGGCCCUUCGCUCCUGGCCUGCCUCCUCUGCCGGCAUAAGCAUCUUAAAUGUGACGGGAAAACUCCUGUGUGUGGCCGCUGUGCGGCCACCGGGUCAGAGUGCCAAUAUACUCCUUCGCGCCGCGGGUACAAAGGUCCGUCAAAGAAACGGCGUGCCAACCCGUCCCCCGAUGAAACGGCCGACGAUCUGGCGGCCUCCUUCGACCCCCAGUCGGUUGGCUUGGUCAACAUUCCUCCCGACUGGAACGGCCUGCAGAACGGCUUCCAGUACAUGCCAACCGCCACCUUGACGACCCCGUCCUCGGGAAGCCCCGGUUUGACCGAGAAAUCCAGCUCCUCGCAACCCGUCCCAUUACACAACGAGCCGCUUACCCCGGACUCCUCGUCCACCGUCCCCGGUGAUGGCUAUCUGAUCGAUAUUUACUACACAUAUUUCCAUCCGUCCCAUCCGAUUUUGCCUCCCCUUCGUUAUCUGUAUCGCUCAUACGUCCCACCAUACCUCGACCAUGUCAUCAAGUUUAUCGGAUCACACUUUACCCCAGCCGCCUCUAGCGAAAAUUACCGACCCAACGUAAUGUCGUCUGUCAUGAAGCAGGAUUCCUGUAUAGAGAAGCUCCAGGCGCUUCUGCUACUGGCCAUUGUACUCCAUUCACGCAACGAGCGACCCGAGGCGGGAGAGUGUCUUGCUACGGCUGUGGAUAUAGCCUUUGAAUUGGGUCUAAACAAUCAGAGCUACGCAACGACGAUGAACGAAGGUGACCCGGUGCGAGAGGAGAGCCUGAGGCGCACGUGGUGGGAAUUAUACAUUAUCGAGAACAUGCUGACUGCACUUGGACUCCAGCGAACCGCUCGCACGGGUCUGGUGGCGCCUGAGGUCGGGCUUCCCUGUGAGGAGCGUAUAUACCAGGACGGAUUGGUCCCACCACCUGCCCCGACCAUUGCGCAGUUCGAUGAACGUGUAUUCGCCGAUGAGGAGAGAGAUUUCUCCUCUUUCACGUACCGUAUUGAAGCGGCUCGUAUUCUUGCGCGAGUGGUGUCUAUACAAGACAUGGUGGAAGGCCAGCAGGACCAUGUGGAAGCUAUUGACGCGCGGAUCACCAGUUGGUUCCACCACCUGCCGGAAUCUAAAUCCGAAUUGCUGCGUUCGGACGGAUCGGUAGAUGAGAUGAUGUUUCAGGCCACCAUGGUCGUCAACGGUGCGGCGAUCUACCUUCACUUCCCAAGAUCCGAUCUGCUGUCGUCGCCGGCGAUGGCUGCGGAAGUCAUCUGUGGCCAUCAUGGCCCUUGCAGCAUUCCUGCGUUCUCGCAUCAUGCACACGCGAUGAAGGCGGUGAAAGCGGCCAGUGAGAUUUCUUCGUUGGCGUCCAUUCGCAUGCCAGUCGUGAAACAUACCCCUUUCUUUAUCUGUGCUCUAGUAAUGAGUUCUAUUGUGCAGCUGGCUGCCUGCUCCGUGAAAGCCGGACAAAUGCCCGAUCCGAGUCGAGACCGACUCACGCUCACGAUCGGGGUCUUCAAGUCUCUAGGCCGUACAUGGGCCAUUUCCCAGGCCAUCGUCCGCCAGGUCAAGGCUGUCGCGCGCGACGUGAUGGAUCUUGGCUUGCGACCAACCAUGGAUCAUAUCGACUUGAAUAGUGUCCUCGACAGCGGUCGAUUCUGGAUGCCAGAAUCCCUUGCGCGGUAA